AUGAAAUUGAAGAAAUUAGAGAGAACAGAGUCACUGAAAUUGUUGGUGGUCUUCAUAUGUGUGCAAAAGCCAUCUCACAAAGAAAACUCAUUGAACAGAAACUCAAUGAACAGAUUGCUAUUACUGUCAUUUAAGACACCAUCCACACUUGGUACCAAUUCAGAAAUUGGGUCUGGUUCAGAUUGUUACAAAAGGUCCGACCAACACUUAAGAGAAGAAGAGUUGAUGAGUAAGAAGAUUGCUGAAGAAAUUGCAAAGAGAGAAGCCGCUGAAAAGGCACUUGCUGAGAUGAAAAUCAAGAACGUCGACUUGGAAGCUUUGGUCCAGAAGCUCAAAGACGAAAUUGAAGAACUUAAAGAAGACAUUGAGUCGAAGAAGAUAGCUUUUGAUGAGGCGGAUAUAAAAUCACAAGAAGACCAAGAACACAUUGAGGAACUUCAAGGUGAUAUUAAGAAAGGAAAGGAAGACUUGAGCAAGUUAACCACUGAGUACAAGAAAUUUGAAGCUGAUAAUCAAAGACUUCAAGACGAAAUAUUGAACAUAAAGCGACUGUUGCUUAGAGGGAUAAAGCUUGAAGCCGAAGAAGACAAUUCAAAGGAUCUUGAGACACAAUUGCACGAGAAGGAAGACGACAUUGCUGAUUUGGAGAAGGAGGUUGCUGUGCUGAAAGAUCAGAACACUCAACUUGAUGCUGCUAAGAAUGAUAUGAAGAAGCAAUCAAUUAAGGCACUUGAAGCACAAAAGAAGAUGGCAUUGGAAGACAAAGCGGAGGCUGAGAAGACUGCUGCGGACCAAUCUAAUAGAAGAAAGAAGAUGGAAGACCAAGUCAAAGCACUCAAUGCACAAGUCUCAUCACUUAAAGUCCAAGUCACCCAACUUGAUGAAGAAAGACAGAAAGCUGAAAGUGCAGAUGCUGUUCGAAAGGCUGAUUCACAGAAGGAACUUGAGAAGGAGAGAGCAAUGAAACAAAAACCCGACAAAGAAACUCAAAAACUUAGAGUUAAAGUCACCGAUUCAGAAGCUAAAUUGGCGGACGCUGGUGCUACUGGAGCUUCUAUUGCUAAGUUGAAAGCGAAAUACGAAACAGAAUUGGAAGUAAUCGAAACAGAAAAGGAAGAAGCACAAAACGCGGCUGCUAAAGCUAAGAAACAAGCUAAACAGUAUACCAGAAAGGUUGAAGAGGCUGAGAGAAAGCUUGUAGAAUUCGAACAGAAGGAGUCAACUUUCAACACCCAAAUUGGUAAGACACAAGCCGAUUUGAAAAAACACGACAACCAGUCAGAGACGGUCAAUUAA